AUGACCACUAACCUCUACGCCCUGAAUCGCGACGGAGGCGAACCUGGCGGCCACAUCCUGCCCAACCUGCUCCGCUUCGCCGAGGUGCUGCGGCGGGUGGGUCUGGACGCUGGCCCAGCGAGCGUGAUGGACAUGGUGCGCGCCACGGAGCAUGUCCACAUCGGCCGGCGCGCCGAGUUUUACCAGGCCGCCCGCAGCAUAUUCGUCCACCGCAAGCAGGACCUGCCCGUCUUCGACGAGGCCUUCAACGUAUUCUGGCGAAAGCCCAACACCGCCCGCAGCGGCAUGGAUUUGCGCUCCAUGGGGGAGCAGCGGCGCUUUCGCAAGCCCCAGGUGUCGGCGGGGCACGACGAGCCAAUGGACGACGCGCUGGCCCUAGACGGGGAUCCCGACGACGAUUCGGUGUCCAACAUUGACCUCACCCGAACCUACAGCGCCCGCGAGGUCCUGCGCGAGAAGGACUUCGCCCAAUUCGCCGGCCACGAAGUCGCCGAGGCUCGCCGGAUGAUGGCCUCGCUGCGCUGGGACCUUGGCAACCGGCGCACCCGGCGAAUGGUUCCCGGCGAUGGCUCCGGUCUCGAUAUGCGUCGCACCCUGCGCCGCAGCCUGCAACACGGCGGCGAGAUGCUGGAACUGGCCCACCGCGGCCCAAAGAGCCGUCCCCGCUCCCUGGCCCUGAUCUGCGACGUCAGCGGCUCCAUGGAGCGCUACACCAGGAUGCUGCUGCACUUCAUCCACACCAUCGCCGUCGGCCAGCCCAUAGAGGCCUUCCUGUUCGCCACGCGACUCACCCGCAUCACCCGGCAACUGCGCUACCGCAGCAUCGACCAGGCCAUCACCGAGGUCUCCCGCGCCGUCCCUGACUGGGCCGGUGGCACCCGAAUCGGGGAGGCGGUCAAGACGUUCAACUACCAGUGGCUUCGCCGCACGCUGCGCGGCCAGUCCAUCGUGAUGAUCAUCUCCGACGGCUGGGACCGGGGGGAGCCAGAACUGCUGGCCCGCGAGACCUCCCGCCUGCAACGUAGCUGUCACCGGCUGAUCUGGCUGAACCCUCUGCUUGGGUCCCCCAGCUACCAGCCGCUGACACAGGGAAUGCAGGCCGCGCUGCCUUACGUCGACGAUUUCCUGCCCGUACACAACAUGAACAGCCUGCAGGCCCUCGCCGACCGGCUGAGCGACAUCGGCCCGGAACGCGGCGCCGUCCGCGCCUACCGUCCGACGCCCGAGGAGCCGGAAGUGGAACCAUUGCCCGAGCCGGAAGAGCGCCCCAUAGAUCGUAUACUCCCGCGCCCCACGUUCCGCCACCAGAUGUGGGGCAAAGAGCGGUAG